CACGUGCAGGCGGGCAGGGCCAUAGGCACGUCACGUGGUUAAGUUGAGAAACAACACACACGGUGGUGUAUUGGAAUCGGAUCGUGCGCCGUCUUUCACUUUGUGCUUCUCCCUUCUCCCAUCUCCCACUAAACAUCCAUGGACCUCGAUCCUCGUCAAUAUGAAAACCUUGCUGUAAAUGAUAAUGACAUCCACAACAUUGUUCUGUCAUAUCUUAUACAUAAUUGCUACAAAGAAUCAGUAGAAUCAUUCAUUGCUUGCACUGGGGCAACGCAGCCGGCAGAUUAUUUGGAAGACAUGGAUAAAAGGAAAAGAAUCUUUCACUUUGCACUAGAGGGAAAUGCACUCAAGGCUAUUGAGCUUACUGAACAGCUGGCAAAAGAUAUUCUAGAGAACAAUAAGGAUUUGCAGUUUGAUCUACUAAGCCUUCAUUUUGUUGAGCUUGUCUGCUCAAGGAAAUGCACAGAAGCUUUGGAGUUUGCUCAGACCAAAUUGGGCCCUUUCGGAAAGGAGCCCAAAUAUAUGGAAAAGCUUGAAGACUUUAUGGCCCUUCUUGCUUAUAAGGAGCCAGAGAAAUCCCCAAUGUUUCAUCUCCUUAGCUUAGAGUAUCGGCAACAGGUUGCAGAUAGUUUGAAUCGAGCUAUUCUUGCACACUUGAAUCUUCCCAGUUACACAGCAAUGGAGAGGCUAAUACAGCAGGCUACAGUUGUAAGACAAUGCUUAAGUCAAGAAGCUGGCAAGGAUGCACCUCCACCAUUUUCCUUAAAGGAUUUUCUCAGAAGUUGAUGGAAAACAGUAAAAAAUGGAGAGUCAAUUGGGGAAUGAAGCUCGUUGUUUACCUUGAGCUUUCUUGUCUCAUUGGAUUGGUGUAUGGUUUCAUCAUGGUGUAAAGAUUUUUGAAUGCCUUUUCAUCUAUAAAUUCUUUGUUGCCAAGCUAUCUUGAUCUUUUUGGUCUUGCUGCACUUUUGUGAGGCAUGAGUAAUCUAUGGGUGGCCUUGGCGAAAAAUGCAAGAUUGAGAUGAUCCUCCUGUCCGAGGCAGUUGACCUCAUCUGUGGCCUAAUUUCAACUUCCAUAAUUUAUACUAAGUUAGGUUAUUUUCAAUCCAUUUCAAGGUUGGGCAGACAAAAUUAAGUACCAUAAUUUCCCUGAUGAUUUUCAAUCCAUUGAGGUUGAGCAGCCAAAACAAGGAUAUACGUUAUAUUGUUUUAAUAUUUGAUGUAAGGUUACAUGUAUGUGGAUAUGAAAGGAAGAUUGAAGACUAAAAUCUCUAUUGUCAGUGUUGGGAGUAUCAAGUUAUCAACGUUUUGGUACAUAAAACGUUGGGUGUGUACAAAAGGCAAGUCUGAAUUAAUUUUCUAUUUGGUCUUUUAUGAAUUUUUAAUUUUAUUUUA